ACGUUCAUGUGACCGACCGCCGUGCAGGGCAGAGGCGGGGUUAGAAUGUAACGUUCACCGUCCAGUCCAGCUCUCAGCCCAAGAAGUAUCGGUGCAAAUAGCUUCUCUCCCGUCGAGUCGCCGUGGACCGGAACCACAAACCCCGAACAUCAGAUGACACUGGAGGCGCAGGCGCCGCUGCAGAAGAGGACGGGACUGACUCACAACACAUUCAUAUGCGGGACGUAAGCCGGUGGCCCGUUAAGAGACAAGAGAACCGGAUCCAGAACCUUCACAUUUACGCUGAUGUUUGUCACCGGCGAGGAGACCAGUCCUCAGGAGCUCCAUCACACCUCCCAUCCACCUCCAUCAGCUCUGCCUUUGUAAAGGGGCAUGCCUUCUGAAACAAGCCUCAGCAAGGACAUGCUAACAGGACAAAGACUCUGCCAUUCGAAGUCCCACCAGGACUCGGUUCUCUCCGCUCUCAACCAGCAGAGGAAGGAAGGACAGCUGUGUGAUGUCACCCUGGUGGCCGGCGAGCAGAAGUUCCACGCCCACAGAGCCGUCCUGGCAGCAUGCAGCGAUUAUUUCAGGGCCAUGUUCAGCCUGAGCAUGCUGGAGAGCGAGGCAGACGAAGUGACUCUACAAGGAGUGACCAGCAUUGGACUAAAGUGCGCUUUGGAUUUUGCCUACACUGGACAGAUCCUGCUGGAGCCAGCGAUCAUCCAGGAUGUCCUGUCUGCAGGAAGCCACCUUCAGCUGCUGGAGCUCCUCAGCCUCUGCUCACAUUACCUCAUACAGGUACGCCCACAUCCUCACAGCUUGGAGUUUGCAUUGACUUCCAUUCAUCCUGGACAGUUUAUGAUCCAAAAUCGGGCUAAAUCCGCUCUAACCUAAACCUAAUUCACACUUUAAAACUUAACCAGAUUCCAGAAGUUACAUCCUUGGGAUUCAGCCGCCAUAAGGUAAAGUGGUCUGGUCCAUCAGUCCAGUAUUCAAUUUAAUUUCAGUUUAGUUCAUUUGUAUAUCGCAAAAUCAUAAAAGCUAGUUAGUUCAGUUUCCUAUGUAAGAAAACCCAGCAGAUAUUAUUGAGGAGUCACUGACUAGUGUCAGUGUUUUUACAUCAGUCCCCAUCAUGGUCCCCAUACUAAUCAAGCAUGUGGCGCCAGCGGAGAGGAAAACUCCCCUACAACAGGAAGUAACCUCCAAUAGAACCUGUCUCAGUAUGAGCAGCCAUCCACCACGACUCGCUGGGGAUUUGAGAAGACAUAGCAGAUGUGCAUACGCACACACACACGCAUGCAUAUGCAUGCGCGCGCACACACACACACACUCAAAACAAAUCAACUAGUAGUAGCAGAUUCUAUGUUAAAGAAAGUAAAACAUUAAUAUCAGGAGAGGGAGAAUGUCCGGUGGUUGGCUGCUGUGUGCCAGCUGAUGGUCCCCUCCAGAAAGGUAUCACGGCUCAGCAGAACAACAGUGUAGCUGAGAAAUCUUAUUUAGCAAUUAAAGGGAUUUUAAGCUUUUUUUUAAAUGAGUUUCUGUAACUAGGAGGAAUGAAACAUGCAGCGAGCAGUUUGGCUAUUGGCUCUCUGAGUGUGGUGACUGGUCUGUAGCAGACAGGACACAGUUUGUGACGUUCAGGACAACCGGGUUAACAACAUUUGGUUGGUGUACCCUCCCAGAGUGGUUUCCAUGGUUCUCCUCAGAGGUAAACACCACAGGAGUAGGUUUUACCACCAGCCUAUCAGCAGACUCGAGCAGGUAGGUGAACUGUGGAGAACUGAGUUAAGCCCGUUUACAGAUGACUGUUGCAUCUACGGGGUGGGGGAGGGUACGGCUGUGUGGAAACCAGGAUCAGAGGAGGAACACGAAGGGGUGUGGUCAGAGACAGAGCCGCAUGACAGCAGCAGAACAUGAAGGUUUUAAAUAGUUUGGAGAAAUGGUUUGAUGUUCUGCAAGACCGAUGAGCUUACAGCUAGUUCAAGUGUCAAUGCCAAAGAUUUUUGCUGUUGUCUAGAAAUGGCUCCAAUUUCUAAUUUGCUUACCGCAUAACAAAAAACUGAUUACAAAAUAAUAAAAACCAAAAUGGUGCUGUUACAAAUCAGUUUGAUAAUUAAUAAAAAAACAUAAUAAUGGUGUAAACUGUUUAACAGCAGCUACACAAGAUAUGAAAGUCAAACUAAUUUCCUCAAAGGUUUACUUUAUUAUUUAGUGUAAAGAUAGAACAAUUUUCAAAUAAUUUCUUUGUUAUUUUUUAACCAAAAUUAUUAACAAAGUUCAUCACCUGAAGAGUAGAAACCAUAGUCUUAUGGUUUAAUAUCAAAACUAACAGAAGUAUAAAAAGAGUCGUGUUAACAGUUUUCUCCUUCUCACAUUCAGGCGGAACACAGAAGAGCAGGUCAACAUUACAUUGCUCAUGGGCACUAUAGCAUCAUUCAUACUCCUCUUUCAACUUGAAGGAGUGUCCAUGUCUUGUAGGAUUAGACCACCCUACUUAGUGUUUGCUUUUGUUACACGACGCAAAUCAACAAAUCAGGCUGAGGCCACUGCAGAUGUUCAAGGUCUUUGAUGCACAGAAUGCACAGGAAAUUCAUUGUAAUAAAAUAUGUGUGAAACUAUACUUUAUUUAAUGUUUUCACACUCUACAAAUCUAACACAACAUUUUAUUGUGAUUAUUCCAAAUCUU